CACUCCCACUCGACACUCGCUGCCGCGGCCGCUUCGCACUCAUUCACUUUAGUUCUCUGCCGACUACUGCGGCGAGCGCACGCACGUUCUCGCUUGUACAACAGAUGUUAGUGUACGAUUACGAUAUCGCGACGCAUUUCGGUCUUUUACCGUGACAGUGAACCGAACGUUUUCGAAUAUGGGUUAAACGCCCCCUUUGGCGUGAUGAGUCCGGGCGAGCGUGUCGCCCUCGGGCGCCGCGAACCCGCUCGCCCUCAGUAUGCCACCACCGCACCGGGAUUCCCGCCACCCUACUAUCCGCCCUAUGGUGUGCCGCACCCGAAUGCUUGGCUCGGUGCGCCCCUUAUAUCCAUGGCCGGACGCGCACCACCACCUUCUCGGAAUACUCCUGUGUCCAAACUAGCGAUGCAUGCACAAGGAGCACCCCUCAUCAUACAAAAUAAACACGAUCGAAGAAAGUACACCACCACACCGGAGCAGCGUAACCAUCGGCCUGUUACUGGACACACUGAGCAUGUUAUUAGAGAUCGUUGUGAAGCCUCUGAGGGAAACCGGCCUCGUAACCAACAACAACAAACACGUUCUUCGCGUAGUGUACGCAAUAACAACACGGAUGCGGUUAGUGUCGCGAGCGAUGAGAGUUCCGGCUCGACAAAUUCUGAAACAAUGUUGCCCAGGAUAAUUAAACCGCGAAAGCGACGCAAAAAGGAUAGGAAACCUAAUAACAUGACACCACAUGAUUUAAGCGCUGCUGGUUUGGAUCUCGGUGAAGUAGAACAUUGUUCGUUAUCGGGAAUUGCGUCUGCGCCGCAUAGUAUUUAUGAGGAUACUUAUUGCCGUGAAAUGUCUUUGCCGUAUCGUUUGGACGUUAAAGUGACGGAAUUUUCUGAUCCAGUGCCAGAGACAUACAGGGUUUCCGCGCUGGGAGAAGCUUUAGAAGCUACACGAUUUGGUUUGGCGGAGGCCGCUUCGCCAGCCGAAUCUGCUGUUAGUUCGUGUCAGUGUCGAUAUUGUGACCCUGUGGGGCAAAUAUGGGACGCUGAUUCAAUUGCAGAUUUGCUCGACGAGAAUUCUAGUGUGGAUUUUGCUCCUACUAAAUUGGAGGACUCUAUGAAAGUUGUCGGGCCUUUAGGCAGACGAGGGGCAGAUACUACAUUACGGCGUAGCUGGAGUGAUCCAUCCUCUCGUGCCCCAGAACGACGCGAAGCUAACAGCAGUGAUACUUAUUCAGCACCUAACCUGUACUCUUUGUUCCCACCCACGAGAAGAACUAGCUCUCCGGAGCCACGUUCUCCACUUGCUUUGGAAAUAUCUUCGGAGAUCGUCACUUCUAUGAAUGGACAUCGCGAUCUAGAAAUUAAAUUAUUUUCGACCUCGCCUUCAGCAACGAACUCCGACCGCCGCUCCUUUUUUGCCGAUAAAAGUGAAAGUGCUGUGAACAAAUUUAUAACUGCAAGCUACGAUCAUAAAGUGAACAGUGCGUUGAACAGUGACAAAGUUGAAUCUUGUGUGAAAAAGGAUGGCAAAAAAUGUGAGGAUGUAUCGGAGGCGGGGUUCACGACGACUUUCGUUGCCGGCGAGCCUUCCCGAAAUAUUUGUGAUUUAGCUUUAGUUACUGCCUGAAAUCUUUGUGAUCGAAUUAUCGAUGUAAUUAGUGAAAGCUUCGUUGUCGUUGAGUAUUUCAGAGAUCUCUAGGCUCGCCAUUUGAGCUGGACUCAAAUCGUCACAGCGAGGCACGCAUAGAGCAUAUAUUCAUAUAGCGAUGCAUUCAAAUUCAGAUCUCCGUAUCAGUUUCCUGUAGAUUCUAAAUUUAAUUUAUUGUUAACAAUAAUGUUGGGAAGCUGACGGGGGACUUUAUCUGGAGACAACAUAAUUCGCUGUUUAUCAAUUGUUUUGGUUGCGUAAAAUCAUGUAGGUUACCUGCAAUAAUGACACCAUAAAUAUUAAAUUAAUAUCUUGCUGUCAUUCAUGUAAACGUAGAAGGAAAUCGUUGUAGAUGGACCACUUAAGUAAGUGAAUAGAUUGUAGACAAGUAUCUUGUGCAGUCGUCAUAUAACUCGGUGCGCGCAAUUAGCGUUUCACACUACUGACACGGUUCUCGCGGCUGCGGCAUCGACAGUGCAGUCACUAUUGCGGUUUCCCGCGGUUUUCACCGCGCACGCCGUUCCGGGUGGCGCUUCGUGCGCGCGCGCACCGUUCUGUGGCUCUAAUGACUUUUUUCAUCACACUCUACUCAUGGUUCACUUUUACCAUAAAAGCGUAUUUUACAUAUUUGUGGUUUACCAAAUUGUAAUGUUAUUCUGUAAUAAAAUCCAUCCAAAUAUUCGAAUAUAAAAUAAAAAAUUAUUAUCCAUUGUUUGAAUAGUCCUAUACAAUUCGAUAGUUUAAUUGACGAAAUAAUGCAUGAAAUCGCUGACGAUUAAAUUAUAGAUAUAUGCUGUUCUAUUAACCGCGGGAAAUAUAUGUAGUAGUGUUGUAUAUCGAUAUGUGUAUGCAUAUAGUAUAAUAUCGAGUCACACUACAUCAAUGUCAAAUCACCAAGUUAUCGUCAUUAUAAAUCCGUCCUCAUACAUCAUCGUUAUCAGGUGGACACUUUCAGAAUACAUCAAUUUUAUUACGCACUUCAUUAUUUCACAACGAUAGAACGUAACCAUAACCAAAAUCCAUUAAUAUUUUUAUUUCACGUAUUGUCAUUCGAAGCGAUAAAACUACGGUUAUUUCCUUGCACGUUGCGUGACUAACGUCAGUAAGUUGUAAUCGUAUUUCUGUAUAAUCGUUAUCAUUGCAUAAGAGUCGCAUUGUUGAAUGUUCGAUAGAAUUCUCUUAAUGCAUUUUAGGUUCACAUCGUGGUUUGAACAUGCUUUGUUCCACGGUCAUUCACUUUAUGUAUGUAGAUAGAGAUAUAAAGAAAUGAAAUUUCUUUAAAUUUUGUCGUUAUUGAAUUAUUAUCUCGAAUGGAACAUUACACUGCUAAUUUACGAAUCUUUUUGUUACUAGUCAGCGCGAUGCAAGUGUGAAGUUAUAUUUGUAUUUGUUGUGUAAAAAAGCCGGUAUAGUCACGUUGCUGACAUAACGAAAUAACAAUGUAGUUACUUUUUUUUUUUCAAUUUCAGUCGCGUAAUUAAAUAUAAACUUACAUGUUUUUAAUUCAACCGUCGCAGUACAUACUACAAUAAGGUUAUAUAUUAACUUUAUUUCAUUGAUAAACAGCGAAUUGAAACUUUACGGUACGUCUCACUGUCUAACUUUUUUGUUUAAGCAAGGGUCCAACAAUGUAAGUGAUACCAGAUAAAGUUCCAUAAUGUAGAUAAUGUGAAUAUAACUAAGUUAUUCAUGGACUGUAAACUCGUACGCAGUCUCUAUCGUUGGGUUUUACACUCUACGGGCUAUUUUGAUGUUUUCCUUUUUUAUUUUUAUGCUGUGUUUGCUUAUAUUGGUCGGCGCGUGCGUGGGACGACAUGAUAAAUCGGUUCUUGCUUUACUUAUUUUUUUUUCUCUGUGACAUGUGCAGCGUAGACGAGGAGUUAUUAUCUGUUUUCAAUUCAGAUUUUACCGUGCAUUAGUGGGUCUAUGUCAAUUGAUAUAUUUAUCGACUUUACAAUUAUCUCUUUGGGAUUGAAUUUCUUUGAAGUUGGGCCUCCUUCGAUUUAUAUAUACUUUUUUUUAUCUAAAAGGAAGAGGGCAAUAGCUUCUUUUUGUUAUUUGUUACAUUGUUAAUGUACGUUGACUAUCGAAAAUGAAGGUUUUUAUAUUUAUAACCCAAUGACCGUAGAAUCGGAAACAAAGUCGAUUGAAUUAAUAAUGUUCUCGUCCAAUGUUGUACCUGUAAUUGUAUUGGGAUUUCGAAAGGGCGUGGCGCCAAUCGUGGUUGUAAAACUCAACGAUACAACCUCACUAUAUUAUAAACAAAGUAGGCUAUGUUUUAUAAUUACUUAUUGAGUGAAUGCAUUUUAUAAAUAAAAACAUAGGUUUAACAUUUGUUUGUGUAUGUCGUGAGACAUGAGUUACACGUUCGCACACUAUUUUUAUAUAAUAAAUACCAUGUCCUUGUA